GAAAGGGAGGAGGAUAAGAAGCUGAAGGAUGUGUCCGUGUUGAGAGGGAGGAGGGGGGGGGGGCAGCUCCUCCCAUAAUUAAGUUAGCUUGCUGCACUGGAGGUCCAUGUUUACGGGACAGGCGAGGGAGUUUCCUUCACUCAGUGGACAGCUCUGGGCGCGGAGUAGGCAGCGAGCGAGCACUCUCUUCUCUUGUCUGGUUAUUUUCUUCAGAUCAUCCCUCUGCGCUGCAGCUGCACAUCCAGGCUGAUAGAGGACGAGCUGGGGGAAACAGCAGCAGCAGCAGCACCUGCCUAACCCUUCUCCACCAACUCCCUCCCUCCCUGCCAGGCCUAGGACCUCAUCUCUGCCUCCGCCACCGCUGCCAUCAUGUGCGACUGUUUCCACCUGGCCUUCCCCAACUGGCACGCCGCCUCCUCAGAGACGGGUGGGCAUCUCUUCGCUCUAUUUUCCCUCUCUCUAAGACUCUGUCUGUGCUGUUUUCUCUCUGAGUAAUUCACCGAUUCAGCAGCAGGGUUCAGUAGAGCAGUGCGAGAGGAGAGACUGGGUCUGUGUGCGUGUUUGUGACGGAGGGAGACUGUGAGCGAGUGAGUGCUGCUUGGUGCUGAUGCUGAGUUGCGUUGCUGACCUGCAGUGGGUGCUGGGUGUGUCUGCAGAGCGCAGGGGAGUGUUUGAAGAUGUCAUCAUCGAGGAUGUCGGGCGCCGCCGCACUUCUCCUUCUUCCCUCCUGCUGCGCGUUUGAAGCAGAGGCUGAAAGGAGAAGAGAGCCGGUUAAUGCAGCAGUUGGCAAAGAAAAUAGUGAUAGAGGAUGAAUUCCUCGGGGUAAAAACGAUAAAAAACGCUUCAGAGAAGUAUUCCUGAAUUUAAAAAUACCCUCACAGGAAUAACCCCACUGAUGCGAGCUUUAAAACGACACAGUGAGGAGCAGCUACCUGUAUGCUUGCAUCACUUUCGCUGUAGUAACCGAAAAAUAGUAACACUUGAGAAAGUUCAGGCUGUGCGAGCUGCUAAACUUUUCCAGUGCUUGUUUGACGGGUUGAUAGGAGAACUCUAUCUUAAAGCUGAUAUGAAAUGGAUUCUGACCAUCUGCAGGCAUCAGUGGUUACACCUACGCUCCGUGUAAAUAAACCAUACAUGAUCGCAUGUGGGCAUGAAACACAGUCAUGUUCUUAGUGUGAAACUGAUUACAGUCCAGCUGCAGCAUCGAUUCAGCAGAUUGCAUAUAAUAUUGGCGUGACUAUUCAGGGAACUGUUUAGUGUUCGAAUCUGGUAGUUUGUAUAAAAUAGUCCCUGAGUCUUUUUUUUUUGUCUGGAACAUGACCAACUAUUUCACAGACACUGCAGGUAAAAAGCAUCGAUCUAAUGUUCCCCAUCUGCUUUUAUGAGGGAGGAGGUCUUGCCAAGAAGCGAAUACGUCAAACCAUAAAGUGAGGCAGAGAAAUCGCUGCAUCACCACUAUCUCCUGUGAUGGACUCGUUUGGAGUCCGGAGAGAAGUGGAAUAAAUUUGGCUGGACUUCACAUCGAGUAUCAUCCAUCAUCUCUGUUGUUCUGAGUUUGAUCAAAGUGCUAAGACUUUGAAAUCAAUGAUGUAGAGCGAUAUUUCACAGCAGCGGCACAUGCUGAUUAUCAUGAUAGCAGAUUUUUAUCAUAAGACUCUGACAAACAUUUGUUGAAAGGAGAUAAUACCGUCUGUGUUUCCUCGCUCUCUUCCCUUUCCCCCCCCUUUAAUUCUCCUCAUUAACUCUGCUGGUACUUUUAAUUAAAUCUGCCUGAAGAUGUGGAGAGGUUUGUGUCGCUCUCAGAGGCUUCAGGCGGCGCUCAAGGUCAGAGAGAAAGAGAGAGAGAGCGAGAGAUAAGGAGGGGCAGAGAAAGAGGGCGAGCGAGAUUAGUUUACUGUUGGAAAGUGAGCCAGACAGGGUGGCUGAUCUGCUCAGGAGUGGAGCCCAGAUCAGCCUCAGAUGGGAAAAUCCUCCUCAGUACUUAUAUUUGUGUGUUUAUCCUGUUUAAACAAAGGUUUGAUUGAAUUGAAGAGGGAAAUGAACCUCUUAAAGCACCACAUCAUGUUUAUCUGUGAUAAUAAUCGGACAAACAGAGUUCACACACAUUAAAACCCAGACUGGAGGAACUCUGAUUGGGAAACACUUCGUUCUUUCUCCUAAUAAAUUCGUCAGGUUAUUCAGAUUUGUUUACAUUUGGGUGAACCAGUUUGUUAAUGUAGCUAAACUACAUAACCAGGUUUAAAUCUGGGUCACUACGGCCCGUUCUGAAACACUCUCAGCCCAGGUGUGGGUGGCUGACCUCGAGUCUUUCCACGUUUCUGCGAUUUUGGUGAUUUUGCAGCAUGUCGUGGGAAAACAUGCAGAUUAUCAUAUGAAUUCCAAAGCCGUGAUGAAACUGGAUCGAUAGAUUGAAAGCAUGCGCUGCUAAAGUCUCAUGUUCAUAUAAUCCAUGCAGAAAAUCUAAUUUUUUUCCCUCCCUUCACUCAAAUCUUAUUAUAAUUUGGAUCCAAACAAGCUGCCCUCCAGUGAAAGGAGCUUGUGUCUGCCUGUUGCACACAAACUGAGUGGAACCCAAAUCCAAGAGCACAAAUAAUGAGCUGCAUUACUCUCUAUUAGUUUAGUGCAGAGGGGAGCUUCAGGGAGCCUUCCAGGUGCUGUUCAGCAGGAACCACAUACUGGAGCAGAGGGGGUUACGUAAGAGAGGAGCUAAGGACAGGAAACUAACAUAGUAAAGUUAUUUUUUACAUAUUUUUAAGUGAUGAAGCUGAUUUAAACUUCUAGAGUCGCAGUUUUGUUUUUAUAAGAACUUUCUGAUUUGAAUCAAAGUGGAGAAAAGUGAGCGUAUGUGAGGUUCACCAUCACAGCUCUGAGUUAGGAGGACAGAGGAGUUUCAGCGUCCACUUGAGUGUUGUUCUAAAGCAGACAGCAACAGUAGUUUAUCAGCCCUGUCUGAUCGGCACAAGCACCAAAGGAUGAGCCACACCCAGAGUCAGAGCCGCAGUUUAAUCCAACUAUGAAUCAUGCAGGAUCUGCACCACAAAGGACCUCUGCAUCUCCUGCCUGUGUGUUUAUAUCUGCAAAUGACUACCGUCAGAGUCAAAGUGGAUCAUCAGACAUCAGCCUGUGAAUAUUUCUGGUGUGGGAAGUGAUCUAUAACAAGUCAAACAUGUCAAUAACACCGUAAAGUGAUUUUGUUUUGAUAAUUCUGGUCAGGUCCGCAGUGAGAGCGGAUAUCAGGCCCUCUGUGGCGCCCACAUGACAAAUAUUUGAGGAAGGAGGUUCAAAACGUGCCGUGUCAGUAGAUGAGGCAGGAGUGUUGGACAUCCGCCUGAUAAUUGUGGUGAAUAAUCUGAGAAAUAAUUCCCACAGUCACCCAAAGCGUGACUGAAUCCUCUACAAGGCUCAGAGCAAACACUGAGGCUAUGAUGGAUGACAACACUAACUGUGUCUCUGACACAUAGCACAUGACAGAUCUCAGCCUUGAGGGACUCAGGCGCUCCGUAUAAUCCAAUGAAUCUAACCUUGUCCGGCUGAACUUCCUGAAGACACGCUGGACUAUCAGGAACACUGUUUAACUCCACAGAUACAUCAUCAAAACAACAUGAGAACAAUGUUUACAACAACACAUAGACUAUUCUGGUGUAGUGGUGUUAAAUUGAAGGAGUUUUACACACUUUUGGAGUAUUAAAGGAAAAAACAUGAGUUUAAAAAUCUUUAAAACUCCAUGUUUUUCUAACUGCUGAGCAAUUUCCUGUUUCUGGGUAAUCCUAAAUAAUUCCUGAUCGAUAUAUGUAAAACCUUUUGCAAGUUUCCUCUAUAAGAUUAAAGAUUACACUCUUAUAUCCACUUGUAUUUGCUCACACUACCAACCCUUUGAGGGCUCAGUCGUGUUAACCCUUAAAACGUAAGUACUGAACAUUUUUAGGCGGGAUUUUACAUUUAAAUAUGUCAAAAAAAUGCUUAAAAUUGCAAGCCAUAUUUUCUCCAAUCUUGACACCUACACCCCACGAUGCCAUCUUAUGAAUCUUAGAAUAAACUUGGUGGCAUUAAAAACAUCUUAACAUGUGUCACUUCCACUGUUUAUUAACUGAUUAAUCGAAGUAAACUCUAGUUAUAAUUCAAGGUUUUCCUUAAGAGUGAGGUGUUUCCUCCUUAUUAAGGCUGUCAAACGUUUUAAAACUUUUUCACAAGCUGAAAAUGAUUCAGUCUGUUAUUUAGAAGAAUCAGAUCUACAGUUUUAUUUUCAAUCUGAUGACUUUUUCUAAAUCUGCAUUAUUAAGAAAACAAAACAAAAUCAAAGACGUCCGUUUUUGGGUGCCCCAGAGUUUAGCGUUUGCUGCUUUGUUAUGAAAACUGGUCUAGAUAUUGUUUGAUUUGAACUAUUAUCAUGAGUAUAGUUUGGUAUUGUGAAAACCCUCUCCCUUUCAACACUAACUCUCAAAUCCCAGGGGAUUUGACAAUGCGGACAAUGAGGUAUUAAGAGGAGGAUGUAUGUUUGCACAUUCAGGAGCAUAUGAAGAGUUAAGUCAACACACACGAGGAGUUUCAGAAACUACAUUUAGUUUGGGAGUGACACCCAAGGUACAACUGUAACCUAAAAGUGUCCCGCCUCCUUCCUCGAUCUGAGACUGAACAAAUCACUUUAGCCACUUUGGCUAAAGUCUCAGUCCUGCCUGGAAUGUAAAAGGCCAGUUUGGGUAACGCAGAGUUAUUAACACUUUGGUUUAUUUCCAGGAGUUAAACCAGCAGCAGCAGCAGCAGCAGUGGGUACGGUAAGCUACUGAAUUUGCGUUUAAUUAAUCUAUAAGAGAAGAAGGAUAAAAAUGUGAGUCUUCUGUAUGAUGAGGACUCAUACAACACUUGGGUUCAUGUUGAAGACUGCUGCACAUGCAGGCUGGAGAUGAUCAUAUUUCACAACAUGUCUAGACUGUGGUGUGUUCUGAGUUGUGUCUGUUGUGUCCUGAUGUUAGCCGACUUAAGGGUCUUCAGUGACAGAGCAUGUUUUGUUUCAGAGAAGAUCUGAGCUGUCGUUUUGAUUUGACAGCUUCUGGAAAUCUCAUGAAUCAUCAACUUUAGAGAAACAACACACCCUGAAACAGAAGGAGGUUUUAGUCUCCUGCCUUAACAGACCUCUAAUGCACUUACACAGGGAGUCAGGGAUCUUCACAUGACAUACAUUAAGGGAGUGGAGGUGGAGGUUGGUUAAGAAACUAAGGUGCAGCAUUAUGUACAGUGGGGUUAAUCCAGCGUGCCUCAGUUACAUUCCUUAUUUCUGGCAGCUAUUUUGAUAAGUAGUCGAUGAUCACGAUGAGUGUAAAAUCAUUUGCAUGUGUAAUAACCUCCUAAACCACUCGUCGAGUGAAAUGCUGAUUGCGUCAAGUGUUUUCUUUCAGAUAUAUCCGGGAUAAAUCACAUCUGCAGAAUCUGAUCUCACUCACCAGCUCACCAGAGUUUAGAUAAAAUGUGGAGGGGAUUAAGUUUUCAUUUAGGGCCAUUUCUUUUACUGGGUUUGUUGAAAUCUGUCAAUUGUUAUGUUCCUAGAAACAUUGAGUAUUUGUGGUGAUAAUUUCCAGAGUCCAGUGCAUUUAAAAGGCUCAGUCCUAGUUUUACAUUUAUAUAUUUAAUGUGCUGCGCAAGUAGUUCAGCACUUAAUCUGCAAAUAAUAAUGAAAGGUGCAUCAUUUUCAAUUUUUUUCUGCUGAUCAAUGCAUAUUGAUGAUCUGCAUUUGUUUGCCAAUCUAAAUCUGUAAACAGGAAAUGUUUAGAUGUAAAGGACAGGGACUUGAGCGCUGAUCGGAGCUCAUCUUUUCAUCGGGGAACAAAUCAAUCCAAACAUUUGAACUGCUGAAGUGCAUCUCUGACUGGGAAUCCCGAUACAAUUAAAAGUGGUCUGAAUAAAGAGGUAGUCUAAAAUGGAAUCUAACCGAGUAGAGGUUAGAUAUCACGGUGGGUAAUAAUCUCACUAACCACAUUCAUUUGGAGUCAGACUUUCCCUUUUCAGCCGCCUGCAGAGGUUGAGCCGAGAGGCUUCAGAGACUAAUCUGUGGAUCGAUACGGCAGAUCACUUAACAGACGAAGGAGACAGCCGAUCCCUGGAGGAAUUAUUGCCAGGAAGAGCUCUAAAUAGUCUCAUCAUCGGCUCCAGUGUCUCUCUGAGCCUCAAAACAACCGUCAGGAGUCAGACCGGGUGGAAAUCUCAGUUUACUGCUGAAAAAUGUCAAUGUAGAUAAACACAACACUUUUACUUCUGAUUUUCUGCCUUCUCUGCUUGGGGAAACUACACAUGAAUGAUGCUCCUUUUUCUUCUAAUAUCAUCUACUUAAAUGUAAGAAAUGAAUAUCAAACAAAAUGUUGUGGAUUGCAUUUCAUUUGCUGUGAUUUUGAAGAUUUAUAAUGGCUUUCAGAGUUCGUGGACUUAGCCCAGCUGCUCUGUAACUAGGCCUGCUAAAAAAAUCCAUUGUGCAAUUUUCCCCUCAGCUGUUAAUCACCAUGCAACCUAUUUUUGAGAUUAAGUUAUUUACUUGUGCUGCUGUAGCCUGUUGGUGUGAAGUUUGAAUAUUUUCUCAAAUAUCUGAGCGGUUAGACGACGAGGUUUCUUUGGUAUUUAUGUUUUCUCAAUCUCUGUGUUUGUGAACAGGAGGCGGUCGGAGGCUGAGGGGAGCAGAGCCUGUUCCAGAGGACAACUCAGUGAGUAGCCUCAGUUUCCCUUUUUUAAGUCCCUUCAGGUUUCUCCCUGAGGUUAAAUCGACAGAAAAAUACAUCUGAUCAACUUCCUCUGACCCUGAUUCUGGUCUACGUCCUUAAAUAAUCGGUGUUAUAAUGCGGAGUCUGAUCUGAUUGACCUAAAUUCUGAUCAAAUAUGCGUCUGACACAUUUAUUAACAGCUGUGGCCUUUCGACUUUGGCACGACUUACUUUAUUUGAGCUACUUAUCGGAAAGCCGUUUCCCAACACAUCUAAGAUGAUUAGACCCGCAGAAUGAAUCCUUUGGGAACUAUUUAUGUCUCCAUUUGUAAACUCCGUCGAUGGAUAUGAAGCAUUUUUGACGGGGGAAUGAAUCAAAUCAUUUGUACCUCGUUUCCUUUGGAUGAAAGUGUGAGACUGACAGACUGACUGCCUUCCCUGGAAACACUCAAUUAAUGUGACAGUUGUUAAUUACCAAAUGGCCACUGGCGUAGGGAGGUGUGAUCACACUAUUUGGGAUCCAGUUUUUUUCCUCAUAAAUUUGCGGCUCAGCCUGCAAGUCGAUCUCCUUCAGUUCUGUCGAUUUUAAACCAGAUAAUAAAUCUCAAACUGCAACAAACUCAAACAUCUCUUUAAAAUAAAUAACAACAGCUGUUUAGGGAAAAGACCAGGUGACUGUUUCCGCGCUCACUGACCUCAUGUCCACGCAGGUAUGUGACGAGCCGUCGCAGUUCACCGAGGGAGAGAGACCACGUCCUCAAGGAUCGUCCCCCGUGGAGGAGUAUCCUGAAAUGGAAAAAUACACCGAAAGUGACAAAGAGGUACACAAAAUUAAGAAAAGCACAACCAAAAUUACAGAGAGGAAUAUGGUUAAAAGAAUAAGUCAAAGAACGUGUGUAUGUGCUCUUCACUAAUCUGAAUAUCCAGUUAAAAUAGAGAAAAAAAAUCAGGUUUUUUUUGGCAGUAAUCCCUGUUUUCUUUCUCAUAAUCCCUCACCUCCAAGAACAUUUUAGGUUAAUACAGAGACCAGACUGUAACCUGGUUACUUUAAUACUUUGGCUACUUGUAAACACCCCGACUCUGUCAACAGUCGAUUUCAGAUUUAGUGUCCUGAGGAUAUACACAAAUGAAGUUAAAAAAAAAACACAAGCUUGUGACCCAGCAGGGAAGUCUGUGUGUUUGUCUUAUUUAUGCUCACAUGAAGCAACACAUAUGCUAAAACAGAGAGGGAGGAGAAACAUUUCAGCACAAAAUCAAAUCAAAGGGGACCAGACUGAUCCACAUGAAACUGUCAUGAACAGAUUAAGCAAAUUUAGGUUUUGGGACUAAAUUAAAGCCUGAUUAAGAUUCAGGUCUCUGUCAUCGGGCACAUCAAACAUGUUUCCUGUAAAGUAACGAUCAUGAUUCCUUAAUGCUUUCAUUGAAUAGUCCUCAAUCAUAUUCUGUAAACAUCUACAUGUUAUUGAAUCUGAGCCACAGGAACUGAGAACUAUUUGUAGUUCCUGGAAGCUUGUUAAGAGGAACCUUUUUCACUCCUGCCUUGGAGAGGGCCCUCUUAAGCACUGUUCAUUGAUCCAUCAGUAAGUGUUCGGUGAUUGGUCAAACACAAGGACCAAUUCAGAACCAUUAACCUCCAUUUUUGUACCCCAGCAUUAAGAUGAGCAAAAUAACAUGACGUAACAGUCGGUUAAAACUCUGAAAAUGGUGUGUAGUAGCAUAGAGGAGUUUGAAAAUAUCAGAUUUAGGCAUAAAUUCAGUAUCGCACACUCCCAGUGCAGGGAACUCUGUAGUAGGCAGUCCCCAAAGACAUCUUAGUAAUCAGGUCUGUGAAAUUAUGUGUCAUGGACAUCCCCGUCCCUCUCAGAGGAAGAAGUCUGACAGCCUGUUGAUGCUCCUCUGUGCGUAUAAAGCUGAGGCUCUGACUCGACCAGCUUUCUUCUUUUUCUGUAUCAUGUCGAGUAAGAAAUCUAUUUUUUCCUUUUCAGUGUGAAGGUGAGCAUGACCCACAUCGCAAAGGUGGGAGUGGAAAGAAAUCCAAAAAGUCCGGGCUUGGCUCCAUGUUUGAGAAGCGCUCCACUCUAAAGACAAGUAAACUGAAGGUGAGACACUUCCACAUUUCUAACCUCUCUAUAUAGAUCUGUGAACCCCUUCAGGCUGUGCCACUGUAAAGAAUAGCACAGCUGAAGGUAAAGCGAUUUUAAUCCCUCCUACUUUGAUGUGUUGACAGGAAGCUCCCAGCCCCGAGGCUGAGGUGAUAGUGAAAACAGCCCAGGAUGGAUGUGCAGAGGGUCUUGUUUAUCGUGGAGGGGGGAAAGACGGGAUCUUCAUUAAAGAAGUGGUACCAGAGUCACCGGCCUCAAAAAACCUGAAACUGAAAGAAGGUAAACUCGCGGUUAAGUCGGUUUUUGGUGUUCAUGUUUGAAUUGAUCUGGCAAAUGUUUUUAAUGACCAAGGGAUGAAUCCAGAGUGCUUCAAAUAUUUAUCUUGUACUUUGAUGAUUUAACUCCUGCUCCAUCAGAUGUGUUAAAAAAUGUUGGUAAAAACAGAAUUUAAAGGUUUGCACAUUAUUUAAACUUCAUAUUCCACUUUAAACCACACACAGGAAACAUUUCAAAUGUCGACAUUAAAAAAUGUUUUUCUUGUAUGAAAAAUAGUUCAUCACUGGCGGUCAGAAACCUUGUACUUCCAUAAGGAAUAAAAUUAUCUACAAGACAUAAUUUCAUAAAAUGAUUGAAAUCUGUGCAAAAGGAGAGGGUAAAAAAAAACACAAGAUGGCAGGUUAAAACUGUACAAUACACAAAUAAUCCUUAAAUCAACUUCAUCACUUCUAAAAAUCCAUUUUUCAGACUCAGGGCCACUAAAACAUGUUGCUUUUGUUUACACAGGUGAUCAAGUUUUGAGCGCCACUGUGUAUUUUGACAAUGUUCCAUAUGAGGACGCUAUCCAGAUCCUGGAGCACGCUCAGGCUUACAAAGUGAAGCUCUGCUUGAAACGCAAACCAGACAUCAGUGAAACUGAACCCAUCAUGGAUUCUGACGUCAUCCCAGUAAAUAUGUUAAUGAUUUGAUUCUUUGUGAUAGAUGCUCUUUGUGGGAGGAAAAAGACUUAUAUUUUUUUGUUUUGUUGCCCUUCAGGAGGACGAGACCUAUACUCCAGAGAUGAGGGAGCGAGGAAAAACCAAAAGGCGUGCUGAUGCCCGCAUUUCAUGGCCCAAAUUUCACACUUUAGGAAAGAAGUCCCACUUUACCAGAUCUCACAGUUCCUCAGAGGCUGAUGAGCAGAGAAAGCUUGAGCUUAGCCCCACCACAAGUGACACAGAGUCACCAAUCAAAUCUCAGGAUGCUCUCAAAGGCAAAAAGAAGAACAAACUGAAGCUUUCUUUCCUGAAAAUGAGAGGUCGAGUAAGUUCGUCUGAAGAUCUGUGUUCAGACACGACGACAAAUCGGCAAACUGGUGGCAAAACUCUCCAGACACAAGAAUCAUCAGACGUGCUUUCACCUGAGGGCCUUGAAAGCCCGUCAGGAGAGACCCCUGAAGUUUAUGUAACAGGGGAUCAGAAGGGGUUGGAAGACUUGAGAGCUGAGCAAACUGAACAAAACCUGACACAUAAGAUGGAACUCGUCAGUAUUGAUAGCACUUUGAAAACAGAAGAUCUAACUGUGGCUCUGGCAGAUCAAGAAAGCCCCUCUGGUGCAAAGUCUCCUGACGGGAAAAAGAAGAAGAAAGAAAGGUCUGAGUUAAAAAUGAAAAUUUUGGGGAAGGAUAAAUCACAUAAGAAAGAGGCAAAAGCCAAAGCCUCACCAAAGAGGUUGAAAACACUCGGGGCAAGCAUUGAAAUAGCAGAUCAGCCUGAUAAUGAAAAGACAAAUGCAAUCCCAAGUACUGAGACACACAAAGAGCUGCAUGGAGAUGACAAGCCACCUGAUGCCAAAACUCAACCAAUCAGCAGUGAGAAUUUGCAAAUAGACAAGAGUGUACCACAAGUGGAACUCGAAAAACCUGAUGUCAAAACUGCCAAAAAAUCUCCAAAGAAAGGUGAGAAAUCGAAAAAAAGCAAGGACAAACAAAAACAAGAUACCAAGGCAUUUAAACUGCCAAAAAUAGGUUUUGGCGACUUAACCACAGAGGAAGAAAUUCCCAAACUGAAUGCCAGUGUUGGAGAAUGCACAGUAAAAAUCGAGCCACCUACAGCUGAUGGCACUGAUGUGAAAGAAGAUCCCUAUGAGCGACUGUCAAAAAGCAGUCUUUCCAGGACUCAACUUCCCAAACGUGAAGACAUUGAGAUUCCUGGAAUGGAGGAUGUGUCUCGGAAGACCGCAACCAAAGGAUCCAGAGAGGCCAAAAUGAUAUACACGGGACAUUUUGAUGAAAUUCCAUCUGACCCUAUACCAAUAUCAAUUGACGUUGACAGUGUCAAAGAGGCGGUCUCAAAACUGCCUGGAUACAAGCUGCCUAAGGUUGACACGUCUGGUGUGCCCAUUCCUGAGGAAAUUACUGUGAUAGAUGCAAAUGCCCAAAGAAUAUCAGUCAAGACACCUACUAAAGUCGUAGAUGCCAAAACAAAACACGAGACACACUUCACAAAGUUUGAUAUGUCUGCCUCUCCAAGCAUCUCCAAGACCACAGUCAAACCACCAAAGAUCCCAACUGCAGAUUUGACCUCUGAGGUACUCCUAGUUGAGACCAAGAUAGAAAAGAAAGACAAAACUGGAGAGAAAGAGAGCAACAUAGAGAUCAAAACUGGGGUUCACAAACGGGAAGAUAUUAUCAUACCUGGGAAGGAAAGUGCAGCUGAAGUAGCUCUUCUUCAGGCACAACAUGAUAAAAAAUCAAAGAAGACAAAGAAAUCAACACCUGGCUUUGGCAUAACCAUGCCAGACAUAAGAGUCCCAGACAUUGGAAUUGACCUGCCAAAACAAAGUAUUGCUCAGAACAAAGAUGAUGACUUAAAAGGAGAAAGAACUAUAUUCCUCCAAGAUGUACAAAUGACCGUAAAUGAAACAAAGACAGUAAAGGUGCACACUGGAGGUGUUAUAUCUGAUGUCAAAAUCCCUGAAAUUGAUGGGAUUGAAUACAUUGACUCAGUAGGUGAAAAGGAUGGAGGCAUCAGGCUGAAAGGUUUUGGUCUUGAUGUUGCACAGCCAAAUGCAGACUUUUCCCUUCCAGAAAAGGAUGUGCCUAAAACGGAAAAAGCCGUAAUCAUUGAUGGAGCAGAGAUAAAAAUUGUGGAACGAGAGAGACAUGGUGGCAUAUUUAAAAUGCCAAGUCUUGGCAUCUCCAUGCCGAAAGUGGAAGGACCUAAAAUUGACCUGGGACUAUCAAAGAAGGAUGUGGAUGUCACACUUCCUGGAGCUAAAGCAGAAGUUGAACUACAAAAAGUCUCUGAGGUCAAAAAUACCCUUGGGAACAUAGAUGUUUCUGUUCAGGGCCAAAAGAUAAAGGUUGAAAAACCUGAACUCGAAAUCAAAUCUGAGCAGUCUGGUCAAGGUGGCAAAAUCAAGAUGCCGGAGCUGGGGAUUAAAAUGAAAGCACCUCAAUAUGAUUUGAGCUUCUCAAAGAAAGAUGUUGAUGUCAAACUACCGGAGGCUCACGCUGACGUCAAACUCCCAGAAUUUACCAAGACUGAGGUUCAGCUUGCUGACAUCAAUGUUUCUAUUCCAGAAGAAAAGCUGAAAGUAAAGACACCAGACAUCAAAAUCAAACCUCUUCAGACUGAGGCUGAGCUUGAGGGACAUGGAGGCAAGAUAAAAAUGCCGAAGAUUGGAAUCACAAUGCCAAAACUGGAAGGGCCUGAAUUUAAUGUAAGCUUGUCAAAAAAAGGUGCAGAUGUGGCUCUACCAGAUGCUACAGUUGAGACCUCUGAUGUUCCCAAAAUUGAUGUUAAAAUGAAAUCCCCAAAAAUUGAAUCAGAAAUGGAUGAGCAAGGAAGCAAGUUUAAAAAGUUUGAAAUGUCAAUGCCAAAAGUAAAAAUGCCCGAAAUCGAUUUCAGCUUAUCCAAGAAAGAAGCAGAUGUCAAACUACCAGAGGCCAAGGCAGAUGUCACACUCCCUGAUGCUGAGCUGCCAGAUCCCUCUGCUCAACUAGAUAUCAAAGUUUCUAAAAGUAAAAGUUCUGAGAAGAAUGUGGACGGAUCACCAUCAAAAUUCAAAAUGCCAUCUUUGAAACUACCCAAAUUUGGAGUUACUGCUCCUAAUGUUGGAGUUGACAUAUCAAAGAAACCUAAAGCUGUUCCAGUUCCUGAGGCACAGUUAAAAACACUUGAGGAAGGUGUUACAGUGGAUCUUACAGCCCCAAGCAUUGACAUUGAGGGCCCAUCUCUUGAUGUGAAAAAAACAGCGGCUGAAAUUGAUGGAAAAGGACACAAGUUCAAAAUGCCCAAACUUGGAAUCUCAGUGCCAAAAGUUAAAGGUCCUGAAAUUGACCUGAGUUUAUCACAACCAGAGGCUGAACUACCAGAAGUUGAAGCUGAGGUCAAACUGCUUGAGGUUGAAUGUGCAGAACCUGGUGUGAAUGUUCAGAUUAAAGCUCCAGAGGUUUCACUUCAGCAACCCAAUAUUGAAGGAUCACCAUUGAAAUUUAAGAUGCCAACAUUUAAACUACCAAAGUUUGGGUCUGAUGUGCCAAAUGCAUCUGUGGAAGUACCAGAUUUGGACAAAGACGCAAAACUUGAAGGACCAGACUUCAACAUCUCAGCAGAGGGGUUGGCAGCUAAUGUUACAGCACCCAGCAUUGAGGGACCUUCAGUAGAUAUGCAAACAACUGGAGCUAGAGUGGAUGGAAAGGGAAUGAAGUUUAAAAUGCCAAAUCUUGGUUUAUCCAUGCCAAAAGCAAAAGGACCUAAACUUGAUUUCAGCAUCUCAAAGAAAGACGGAGAUGUCACAGUACCAGUGGUGGAAGCUGAUGUCAAGCUUCCAAAGGCUGAUCUUGGAAAAGUUGAUGUGUCUAUUCCAGAGAGUACAAUCAAAGUUCCAGAUGCUGAGGUUGAUGUCAAGCUUCCAAAAACCACUGAAAUUAAUGUGGAAAUGAAACCACCGGAGUUUGAGACUGAAGGAACUUCUGGGAAGUUUAAAAUGCCCAAGUUUGGAAUUAAUCUGCCCAAAGUGAAAGGACCAGAUAUCGACUUGAGCUUGUCAAAGAAAGAUGUGGAUAUGUCAUUACCACAGGCAAAUGUUGAAGUCAAACUACCAGAUGCCCCAAAACUUGAUGUUAACCUUGGAAAGGCAGAAGUGACAAUUCCAGAUGCUAAAGUGGAAAUGAAACAACCAGAGGUGGAAAUCAAACCUUUAAUGGCUGAUGCUGAACUGGAUAAACAAGGAAGCAGGUUCAAAUUACCAAAGUUUGGAAUUAAAAUGCCAAAAGUAAAAGGACCUGAAUUUGACAUAAAUUUCUCGAAAAAAGAUGUAGAUGUUACGCUAGGAGAAGCAACAGCUGAUGUAAAAGUCCCUGAUGUUGAUGUGAAAAUACCCUCUGCUGAUUUGGAUAUUCAAACUCCCAAGAUUGAGGCUCAUUUGGAGGGAUCUCCAUCGAAAGUUAAACUUCCAACAUUCAAGCUACCCAAAGUUGAAGGUGCCACUCCAACUAUAAGUGCAGAAGUUCCUGAGAAGGACAUACAUAUUAAAGGAGCUGAGCUAAAAAUACCAAAAGAUGGUAUUGAUAUUGAAGUUCCAAAUAUUGAUAUUGUGGGCCCUUCACUUGAUGUGAAAAUUAAUGAAACUGAAGUUGGGGGAAAAGAGAGUAAAUUUAAAAUGCCGAAAUUUGGAAUCUCCCUUCCAAAAGUGCAAGGUCCUAAAAUUGAUAUUAGUUCAUCAAAGAAAGGUGUGGAUGUCAAAUUACCGGAUGUUAAAGCUGAACUCCCAGAAGCUCCUGAAAUUGAUGUCAGUCUUGGAAAAGUAGAUGUUUCUAUCCCAGAAGCAACAAUUGAGAUUGAAAAGCCUCAGCUGGAGAUGGAAUCCUUGCAGUCUCAAGGCGAAUUUGCAGGGCAAGAAAGUAAGUUCAAGAUGCCCAAGUUUGGAAUCAAAAUGCCUAAAGUUAAAGGGCCUGAAAUUGAUAUCAGUUUAUCAAAGAAAGGCGACAUUACUCUACCAGAAGCCAAAGCAGAAGUCACUCUCCCUGAUGUUAAACUGAAAGAUCAGUCUGCUGAAGUGGAAAUUAAAGCUCCUGAGAUUGAAGUACAACCAAGCAGUGUUAAAGCAUCACCUUCAAAAUUCAAAAUGCCAACUUUCAAAUUUCCAAAAUUUGGCGUUGGAGCCCCUAAUGUAAGCAUCGAAGGACCUGAUUUUGACAAAGAAAUCAAGAUUGACGGAGCUGAUGUGCAAAUAUCUGUGCCACCCACAGAAAUUGAUGUACCAAAAGUUGAAGCAGAGGUUCAUUUGCCAGAGGUUGAAGUCAAGGAUAUUUCAGGGGUAGUUGUAAUAGACCAACAGCCAGGUGUUGAGGUAGAUGUAAAGAUGAAAAAGCCAAAGUUCUCACUACCAAGUUUUUCUUUUUCAAAAUCAAGUGUCAAGGCCCCCGAAGUUGAUGUGAAUCUUCAGGAUGUGAAUGCUACAAUUCCAGAGGUAACAGGGCCUGGCAUUGACUUAAGUAUAUCAAAGAAAGAUGUAGAUGUGACACUUCCAGAGGCAAAAGCUGCUGUCAAACUGCCUGAGGUUCAAAUGAAAGGACCUUCUGCUGAAGUGGAAAUGAAAUCUCCUGAGAUUAAAGCUGUAAAAAAGGACACUGAAGGAUCACCAUCGAGGUAUAAAAUGCCAACAUUCAAACUACCAAAAUUUGGAAUGAGUACACCAAGUGCAACUGCAGAGCUGCCUGAACACAGCACAGAUCUCAAAAUUCAUGAAGCAGACAUAAAACUCCCUGAGGAAAUCUUAACAGUUGACAUUAAAGGACCAAAAAUAGACAUCAAAACUGAAAGUGUAGAACACGAAGGAAAAGGAAGCAAGUUUAAAAUGCCAAAGCUUGGAGUAACGAUGCCAAAAGUCAAGGGACCUGACAUUGAUUUAAGUUUGUCAAAGAAAGACGUUGAUGUGACACUACCAGAAGUCGAAGCUGAAGCAAAAGCCGAGGUAAAACUCUCAGAUGUUGACCUUAAAGGGCCUUCAGCUGAAGUUGAUGUUAAAGCUCCUGAGAUCAAAGUCAAAACAAAAGACAAAGAAGGGUCGCCAUCGAAAUUUAAAAUGCCAACAUUCAAACUACCCAAAUUUGGAGUAAGUUUGCCAAGUGCCCAUUUGGAAGGGCCUGAUACGAGCAAAGACCUGAGUGUAGAUGGAGCUGAUGUUACAAUUCCUGAAAAGGACCUCAAAGUUAGUAUUGCUGCCCCAGACAUUGACAUCAUUGGCCCAUCCAUUGAUAUCACAAGCACAGGAACUGGUCAUGAAGAAAAAGGAGGAAAGUUCAAGAUGCCAAGUCUAGGUUUUUCUACACCACAAGUUAAAGGGCCUGACAUUGAUUUAAGUUUAUCCAAGAAAGAGGUUGAUGUGACACUACCAGAAGUCAAAGCUGAUGUCAAACUCUCAGGCACUGAAGUUCAGGGACCUACCACUGAGGUUGAUAUUAAAGCUCCUGAGAUCAAGGUCAAAACAAAAGAAGGAUCACCAUCGAAAUUCAAGAUGCCAACAUUUAAGCUACCAAAAUUUGGUGUAAGCUUGCCCAGUGCCUCUGUGGAGGGGCCAAAUACUAGCAAAGACCUGAGCAUUGAUGGAGCUGAUGCUACAAUUCCUGAAACAGAUCUUAAAGUUGAUAUUGCAGCACCCAGUAUCGAUGUUAAGGGUCCAUCCAUAGAUAUAAAAACCACAGGAACUGACCAUGAAAUGAAAGGAGGAAAGUUCAAAAUGCCAAGUCUAGGUUUUUCAACACCUCAAGUUAAAGGGCCUGAUAUUGACUUUAGUUUGACUAAGAAAGAUGUCGAUGUGACACUUCCAGAGGCCAAAGCUGAAGUGACACUCCCAGAUGUUGAUGUAAAAGGACCUACUGCUGAAGUGGACAUUAAAGCACCUGACAUCAAGAUUCAAGCAAAAGACAAAGAAGGGUCACCCUCAAAAUUUAAGAUGCCAACAUUCAAACUACCAAAAUUUGGAAUAAGUAUGCCAAGUGCCACAGUGGAAGUACCUGAACCUCACAUUGAAGCAAAAAUCAAUGGAGAUGAUAUUAAAAUGCCAGAGGAGGUACUUACAGUUACAGCACCCAGCACUGACACUGAAGGUCUAUCAGUGGAUAUGAAAGUCACAGGAACUGAGCAUGAAGGAAAAGGAAGCAAGUUUAAAAUGCCAAAGCUAGGUGUAAGUAUGCCAAAAGCAACAGGUCCAGAAAUUAAAGGGCCUGACAUUGAUUUAAGUUUAUCCAAGAAAGAGGUUGAUGUGACACUACCAGAAGUCAAAGCUGAUGUCAAACUCUCAGGCACUGAAGUUCAGGGACCUACCACUGAGGUUGAUAUUAAAGCUCCUGAGAUCAAGGUCAAAACAAAAGAAGGUUCACCAUCGAAAUUCAAGAUGCCAACAUUUAAACUACCAAAAUUUGGAGGAGGUUCAUCUAGUGCCACUGUGGAGCUGCCAGAUACUGACGAGGAGCUCAAAAUAGGUGGAACCAUUGGCAUUCCAGACAAGGAUCUCAAAGUUGAUGUCAGUGUCCCAGAUGUUGACAUUAAAGGCCCAUCAAUAGAGAUAAAGACCACAGAAACAGACAAGGAAGGAAAAGGAAGCAAGUUUAAAAUGCCAAGUCUUGGUUUUUCUGCACCUCAUGUCAAAGGACCUAACAUUGAUUUAAGUUUGUCCAAAAAGGACGUAGAUGUGACACUACCAGAAGCCAAAGCUGAAGUCAAACUCCCUGAAGUUGAAAUGAAAGGACCCUCUGCAGAAAUUGAGGUCAAAGCUCCUGCAAUCAAACCAGGAAAGAAAGACUCUGAAGGCUCACCAUCAAAGUACAAGUUACCUACUUUCAAACUACCAAAAUUUGGAGUGAGUACACGAAGUGGCACUAUGGAGAUGCCUGAAAGUGAAACAGACCUUGUGAUUGAUGGAGAGAAAGUAAGAAUUUAUGAGAAGGAACUCAAAAUUGACGUUGCAGCCCCAAGCAUUGACAUUGAGGGCCCAUCAAUAGACAUCAAAACUAAAGGUGUUGAACAUGAAGGAAAAGGAAGCAAGUUUAAAAUGCCAAGUCUUGGUUUUUCAGCACCACAAGUAAAAGGGCCUAACAUUGAUCUGAGUUUGUCAAAGAAAUACGUUGAUGUGACACUACCAGAGGCUAAAGUUGAGGUUGAAGUGAAAGGACCUUCAGCUGACGCGGAAAUUGAUGCACCGGCAAUAAAGGGUGGGAAGGACAUUCAAAGCUCACCAUCGAAAUUUAAGAUGCCAACAUUCAAACUACCAAAAUUUGGGGUAAGUUUGCCAAGUGCCACUGUGGAGGGGCCUGAUACUAGCAAAGACUUGAGUGUAGAUGGAGCUGAUGUUACAAUUCCUAAAAAGGACCUCAAAGUUAGUAUUACUGCCCCAGACAUUGACGUCAUCGGCCCAUCCAUUGAUAUCAAAAGCACAGGAACUGGUCAUGAAGAAAAAGGAGGAAGGUUCAAGAUGCCAAGUCUAGGUUUUUCUACAACACAAGUUAAAGGGCCUGACAUUGAUUUAAGUUUAUCCAAGAAAGAUGUCAAAAUUGAAGCCCCAAGCAUUGACAUGGAGGGUCCAUCAAUAGACAUCAAAACUAAAGGUGUUGAACAUGAAGGAAAAGGAAGCAGGUUUAAAAUGCCAAGUCUUGGUUUUUCAGCACCUCAAGUCAAAGGGCCUAACAUUGAUCUAAGUUUGUCAAAGAAAGACGUUGAUGUGACACUACCAGAAGUCAAAGCUGAAGUCAAACUUCCUGAACUGAAGGACUCUUCCACCAAAGUGGAAAUGGCAGCCCCAGGGAUUGAUGUCAAGACAAGUAAUAUUGAGGGAUCACCAACAAAAUUCAAAAUGCCCACUUUCAAAAUGCCCAAAUUUGGAGCUACUCCUGUGCAGGUCAGUGCAGAACUUCCAGAUAUUGACAAAAAUAUUAAAAUUGAAAGUGAGAAGCUGGAAUUAUCUAAAGAGGGUGUUUCAGUAGAUGUCACAGGACCCAGUGCAGACAUUGAAGGCCUAUCUGUAGAUCUGAAAGGUAAAGGACGUGAAAUGGAAGGAUCAGGUAGCAAGUUCAAGCUGCCAACUUUGGGCAUCUCUCUGUCCAAAGUUAAAGGACCGGAAGUUGAUGUAAGUUUAUCAAAGACAGAUGUCGAUGUCACACUCCCAGAAGCAAAUGCUGAGAUCAAACUGCCUGAUGUCGGAGUAAAAGACCUUAAAGAUACCAUUACAGCACCAGAUGCGCCAUCAGUUGAGGUUGAUGCCAAGUUAGGACGACCGAGCUGGUCAUUUCCUAAAUUUUCAUUUUCAAGCAAAGGUGCUAAAACUCCUGACAUUGAUGUAAACAUUGAAACACCAGAAGUUGAUAUUUCAUCAGGAGAUGCAAAAAUUGAUCUCUGUCCUCCUGAUGUUGAUAUCCAGGGACCUUCAGGGACCAUUUCCACAGAAGAGCCAACUGCAAUAGAAACUGAUGCAAACUUGAAAAGAUAUAAAUUUUCUCUACCCCGCCUAUCUUUCUCAAAGUCAGCUGUUAAAGAACCUGAAGUCAGUGCUGAACCUCCACAACUGGAUAUUUCUCUUCAAGAGGGGAAAGUGAUAGUCACUCAGCCUUCAGCAGAAACUAAAGGUGAGCCUGAAACUGAACAUGAUGGACAAGGAAGCAAGUUCAAAUUGCCAAGGUUUGGCAUUGCACUACCAAAAGCAAAAGAGCCUCAAGAGGAGUUAAAUGUGUCACAGAAAGAUGUAGACAUUAAACUUCCAGAAGUUACACUUCAGGCCAAACUUCCUGGAAUUGAAGUCAAGUCUUCAUCAAGUGGAGAAGCGAAAGCAUCUGAGACAGCAGCUAAGGCAAAAGAUGCUGGAAGAUCACCUUUAAAAAGUCAAAGUGUUGAGGUCAAGAUGGAUGGCUCUAAAGAAGAAACACCAGAUACGGAAACACCAGCAACUGAGGGUGAAAGUGUAGGUCCAGGCUCUCCGAGUAAAUUCAGGCUACCAUCGUUUAAAAUGCCAAAGCUAAGCUUCUCAAGGUCAAAAUCUGAAGACCAAAAUACUCCUGUUGAAACUGAAUGUCGAGAUGAUCAGGUGGACACUGAGCCAAAAGAAGAGAGUAAAUCACCAAAAGUGACUCUGACAUCAUUUGGGGAAAUCCUCAAAAGUAUUGAUGUUGAAUUUGAUGUUUCAAAAACGGAAGAAAAUCUUGAAACAUCAAAGGAAGUUCACAAAACAGAUGAACUCAGUGGGAAAGAGACAAAGGAAAAGGAAGCGCAUACCAAGCAAGAUGCCAGCAAAAGUCCCGAAAGGACGGGUUGGUUUAAAUUUCCUAAGUUUGGACUGUCGUCUCCAUCGGAACCUGCCAAGAUUCCUGUAAAAGACAAAGAUGGAAAGAGUCCAGAAGUGGAAACUGUGGAUGACACAGUAAGUCCCACCUGCUCUGUUCAGUCAUCAGACGCCUUUGCUGACAUUAGUUCUGCAAUGACGAGUGAGCAUAUUGGUGUGUCCUUAUCUUCUCCAACCAAGGUAACAGUCAAAUACUCAGAUCCCAGCACUGCCACAGAGCUUGGAGAGGUGCACAGUAACAUCAUUACUUCCACCACAAGGACCGAGAUGAUCUCAGUAGAGCCUGACCUACCUGAGAAAAUCACCAUUCUAUCAUCUGGAGUUUCUUCAUCAUCUGAAGACACACUCAGACUUGAAUCUGGAAAAAUACAUGUCAUAACAUCUAACAUAGAGGCAACCCCAGGAGCACAGCAGGCCAAGCUUCUGACCACUCUCCAAGUCCAAUCAGCUGGAGGUGUUCCCCUUCAGUCUGAAACGACCAAGACCGCAUCAUGGACUAUUGACGAAUCAAAAGGAGGCAAGACAACAGUGUAUGAGAGGCAUUUAGUCACAGAAACAACAGGUGAAAGAAGUGAAAGCAAAGAAACAGUUGUUAUAACAAAGCAAAUCACGCGCAUGUUAGACUCCGCUGAGCACAUCUCCGGUGAGACAGCUACAUCCAUUCAGCGGCUGAAAAAGACUGUACACUCAGAGAAAAUGAAGUUCUUUGAUGAGGUUGAAAAGUGAAGUAGCUUAGCUUUCAUUUUGACUUAGAAUACAAUCCACACCUAUCCAUGCCCAACAGCCAGUUGGAUCCUAAUCUACAGUCCAUUCAACAGUGAGACAGAAAUCAUGUUGUCAACUGGAAAAGGUUGGUAGCAACUUUGAACCUACCAAUCACAUGAGAGAAUCGGUCAGCGUUCAGGUGUUUGCUUCAGUUUCUGGUUGCAUGUUGCUAACCUGUAAAAAGAUGAAGAUUAGUAAUUUAUACCGAUAACGUGAAGAUGUCAAUAAGCUGUGUAACUGAGCAACCUUCCAGCAAACUAUGAAUUACCCAAAUACCACUGCUUACUAUAGUACAGCACGAAAAUAAGCCAUGUCUGUUGCUUAUAAAAAUGUAUAUCUUUGUCAUUUCAAAGUUUUUAAUGAAUAACACUGAUCAACAUAUCCUAUUUAUCAGAUGAUAAUUCUAUACAAGUGAAAAUCACCAGUGCAUUUGAUUUGAUCUGAUCAAAACCGUUGCAAAAACAAUCAAGGUUAAUGACAUUCCAAAAAAUGUUUACACUAAUUUUACUGUAAAGUUGAGAGUAGAUAACACCUACAAAAUAAUACUGAGUAUAUGGCAGGCAAAUAAUAUGUACAUGUAUUAUCGAGAUAUUCUUGUUGCUGUAGCUAAAAUGUAAAGAAAGUAGUGAUGCUAAGCUGAAAUGAGAUGCUUAUAAUCAAACACAGCAAGUGUACUGCUGCAAUUAUAUUUUUUAUUAAUAUUUUGCUUACAACCUAGUUUGCUACAGUAAAGAAAUAUACCAACAGUAUGUUUCUCCUUCUUUAUCACUGUACAAAGUGGAGAUAUUUAACUGUCUGUAAAUAGCUUUUAAUGAUCCCUGGGGUUUUAUUUAACCACUGCUCAUUUUUGAAUUCUCAUGACAACUUGCAAAGAUAUAAACGAAAAAUAAAUACUGUAAGCAAACCUUUGGCUGAA